UUUACUGUAAUUUAUAUGUGCAUAUAGUUUGUGUACGUCUACCUGUUAUAUGGUUUAUGUGUGGGCUAAAGGAUCAUUUCAAAUAAUAUAUCUUCGUCUUCAUACUCAGUGUUCCAUGUCGUGUCAGUACCUUGUUUGCAUAAAUUUCUCAACCAUAAAUGAAAAACCAUUUCUUUCAUUUCCAGCUUAUAAAUAUUAUACAUAUAAGAAAUCAAUGAAUCAGGGUUUAGUAAAAUAUAAUAUUUCAAAAAAGUACGAUGAUCAUGGCUUUAAUGCUAGAAAGUAUGCUUUCCUUUAUGAAAAACCUUUACUGAGUAAUAUAUCAAUGCAGACAACCAUAGAUAUAUAUAUGAUACACAAAAUUGAAAUUUUUCCACAUUAUACAUAUCCUGUAUCAAAUUAUAGUAAUCCUGUCGGCAAUACAAAAGAUGGGAAUAUUGCAAACUCAACAGAAGGUAUUUUUCAAAAUCACUUAGAUACAAAAGCAUCCUCAGUACUAUCUGAAUCAAUUGGAUCAACUUUACCAGUCUCCGUUUCUGCUAUAAGUUCACCACCACUUUUACCAACUUCACCACCUUACCGUACUGUUUCACAUUACGGUUUUAACUAUCCAUUAACUUAUUUGCCAUCCAUAACUAUGCAUCCUGCACAUUUACUUACUGCAGUCGAGUUGCAACGUCAAAAGAUAAUUGCGUUUAUCAACUCUACUGCAAAAAGUUUAGCUCAUCAUCAUCUACAUGAAGGUAAAAAAUUGGUCAACGUCAAAAAUAGAUAUUCAGAAACAAUUGCUACACCACUUACCCUUAAAACAAUUGAAAACAGAACAGAAACAGAAACAGAAAUACUGCCAAAUUUAGGUGCAAAAUGUCUUACGAGCCCGACAAACUUGCAAACUUCUCCGAAAAGAGAAGAUAAUAGUGAUUCUUUUAUUUCCGUCAAGGAGAUUAAAUUGGAGUCAAGAAAACGUCGUCGUAAUGUUAUUAAAAAGGUUAAAUCAGUAACUGCUACUAUAAAUCUUUGUAAUAAUUCAACAGAUGAACAUGAACAAGAUUUCGACCGUGAACAGGAUAUGUUAUCAGAGCAAUUCUCAUCGCUGUAUUCAUUUGCUGGUUCCUAUCCCACAAUAUCUAAUGAUCACCAUUCUGGAAAUGAACAUGUUAAUGACCAUGAACAUGAACAAUUUGAUGAUUCUUGUGACAACUCCUCAUUAUUUGCCUUACCUUUGUGUGGACGUCAACAUCAAAGUACGGAUAAUCUAUAUCGCUCAUUUGUUUUACAUAAUUUUCUACCUAUUAAUCGUACACGCUCAUAUGAACAGGAUUUAAUGCAUCAUAGACCAGAAGCAGAGCAAACUCUUAAUCAUGAUGCAUUAAAAGCAGGCACUAAUAAUGGCUUGCAAUCAACCACCAACGAUGAAGUAACAAGUUUAAAAUUCAAUUCACUUAAAAGACGUCCUCAGCGGUUUACUUCCACUUCAGAAACAGUGAGUGGUAUUUGUAGUUCUGACGCAGCAGAUAAUAGUACAGCUACAACAAUCAACUCUAUAGAAAUACAUGUAAAUGUAACUAUAAAAAACGUCAAUAGUUUUAAAAAUAUAAAAAGGCACGAAGACGAAGUUAAAAACAAAUUAAAAAAAAUUAUCAAUGAAGAGAUUGCAUUGCUAUCAGAAAAGCUAGCCACACAGAGUGAGGAGCAAACCAAUAACAUACUCUCCCAUAUAGCUACAGAAUUGGAAGAAGAGGAAAUAGAUAUAGCUAAUACGAGUAUAAGUUCCUAUGACGUUAAUAACGUGAACCACCAAUACGAGCACACACAGGCUCUUUACAAUAAUAUAGCGAAUUCUUCUAAAGUGGCGAAAUCGUCAUCUGUACCAUCGUUAGCUACAACUGUUACCUUGCCAUUUACAUUUGUGAGACCUCUAAGACGUUAUAAUAAUACAAUACAAUUACUUGAGCGGGAAUUGGAAAAUCUAUUGAAUGGUAUAAUAAGAGCAAAUGAACUGCAUAAUCAUGCCUUUAUCAGUGACUGUAAAACCAAAAUCUCUCAAAUGUCAAAAGAUAUAAGGCGAGCAACAUUGGAAUUUAAUUAGUUCGUCUCUACAAAUAUUAAGUAGGUUAAGUUUUGUAAAUAGUAUUACAUUUUUCCCCCUAUUAAUUAUUAUUCUACAAUAAAAACAAUUGAAGUAAUUUAUUUUAUAGAAAACC